AUGGAUAUUCCACAAUCUUCUAAGAAGCCUCGUAGGCAUAAAAAGAAGCAUAGAGACUUCAACAAUGGAAGGAAAAGCGUCUACAAAAAAAGAAUAGGCGCAAAAAGACCUUUAAGGAAAGAAAGGAUUUUAUCAAAAUCCAAAAACCCAAAGGCCUGUUAUAAGUGUGGCAGAGUAGGUCAUUUUUACAAAAAUUGUAAGGUUAAGGAGAAGAUUAAAGCCCUUAACAUAGAUGAUGACCUUAGAGAAUUUUUAUAUAAGAUUUUAUUAAAUUCAGAUCCAGAACCCGAGGAUGAUUCUGGUAAGGAAAGUGAUAGUUCUUCCAACCCCUCUUCAGAUGAAGAUAUUAGGGUGUUAGACGAAGAGAGUUAUAUCUCAACCGGUUCAGACGAUGAGUGUCAACCAUGCCAAUUAGGGCAACCUUGUGUCAAAGCCAAGGAAGAUGAUGAGUUUUAUAAACUUGUUUCCUAG